CUCUCUCUCCUCUCCUCUCUCUCUCUUGUGCAGGGGAGGAGCGCAGCUCAGCUCCUCUCUGUAUAAGAAGUGUUGAACGCACAACAAGGGAUUUUACACCGCUACUCAGGAGAAACGAAAUGAUCUGCCCUGGAGCCGCAGCAAAAUGCUGGAUGGACACCUACUCCUGGGAUGGUUAUCGUUCACAAUUAUAGUGUAUCUUCUAAGCCUGCCCGGACCCACCACAGCUUACUUUGGGUUGACAGGUAAUGAACCAUUAUCUCUCCUGCCACUGAAUUCCCUACCAGAAGACUCCGUGGGCAGGGCCCACUUGAAACUUUGCGACCAGCUCAAACUGGACAAGAAGCAACGCAGGAUGUGCAGAAGAGACCCGGGCAUGGUGAAUAUUCUGAAGGAGUCCGUAAUCCUGAGCGCCCUAGAAUGCCAGCAUCAGUUCCGCUUUGAGAGGUGGAACUGCACCUUGGAGGGGCGCCACCGAAGCAACAUAUUAAAAAGAGGAUUUAAAGAGACAGGCUUCCUGUACGCCAUCUCCUCAGCGGGGUUGAUACAUGCGUUGGCCAAAGCUUGCAGCGCAAGCCGCAUGGAGCGCUGCACGUGUGACGAGGCCCCGUACCUGGGGAACCGCGAGGCCUGGCAGUGGGGCGGCUGUGGAGACAACUUCAAAUUUGCCAACAAGUUUGUCAAGGAGUUUCUUGGCAAACGCUCUAACAAGGACCUGCGCGCACUUGUGGACAUGCAUAACUCAAAUGUGGGCAUGAAAGUAAUCAAGGCUGGAUUGGAGACCACUUGCAAAUGCCACGGGGUCUCAGGCUCCUGCACGGUCCGGACCUGCUGGAGGCAGCUCCCGCCCUUCCACGAGAUUGGCAAGCAGCUGAAGCAGCGCUACGAGACCUCCUUCAAGGUCGGCAGUUCCACCAAUGAGGCCACGGGGGAGGCUGAGAUCUCCACGGGCCGGAGCCAGCAGCAGCAGCAGCAGCAGCAGCCCCUGCCUGGGUCGAGCGCUCAAAUCCCCCGCACUAUGGACCUGCUCCACAUCGAGGACUCGCCCAGCUUCUGUAAACCCAGCAAGUACUCACCUGGCACUGCGGGCCGCAAGUGCUACAAAGACAAAAACUGUGACGCUAUCUGUUGUGGGCGGGGCCACAACACGCAGAGCAAAGAGGUGACCGGGCCCUGCCAGUGCCAGGUGCGCUGGUGCUGCUACGUGGAAUGCAAGCAGUGCACGCAGAGAGAAGAAGUGUACACCUGCAAAGGGUAAAGCCAUCACCCGUCAGACCCCCAGGAUCAGUGAAGCAUAUCACGGAUGGUUGUGUUGAAGACAACUGGUUGUUUUUGUUCUCAUGCGAUGCUCUGCGUCCGGCAUCCGAACAUUAUGCAGAGAAAAAUGAAGCAAUAAGCACUUUGAGGGAGGGUUUGUAGUUUAGAUUAUCAGGGGUCCUGCAGAGUAACAACUGUUUUCAGACAACUGGGUCAUCAUCUCAAGCUUUUUAUCACAUUGUUGCCUUGCAGACAUUUACUUUUUAAAAACUUCAUUGGCUCCAUUUUGCAAGAUAAAAGAAAUAAAAUAUAUAAGGCAGUUGAUGAAGACCCAACACAAGGACAGCAACACUAAGAGACUGAUGCCUUUGGCUUUGCCCAAAGAGGAACGAUGUGUGUGCGUGUGUCUGUAUGUGUGUGUUUUUGUAAGCUUGUGAGAAUGUAGAAGACAACAAGUCUGAGUUACAAUUUUUUAUAGCAACAAAAAUUGGAAACUGCUUAAAAAAAGAGGACAGGGUGUAAUACUUAUUUUACACGCACAUAUUUAAACUCAAACACGUCAUGUGUUUGCAUAUGUAUGUACAUAAAAACAGUUAUAUUGUAAUAUUAAACAAGCCACUUAUCUAACUUUGUAAAAACAAACCACUAAACACACAAAUGUUUUAUAGUUUGUGUGCUAUUGCUCAUUUCUAUGUCCUGAUUUAUUUUGACAAGGCCGUUUGGAAAGCAGCACACUUGUGUUCGAUGUCUUGCCGUGGAUAAUUUAUGGAUCCUUUGGGACUACUCCUUUAUAUAAAGGAAAGCUCUUUUUUUUGUUUCACUAUUAAAAUGAAAUAUGAAGCUGUUAUACAUGCAAUUACAAAAAACAACUAAACCAGUCAGUUUAGGCUUUUAUUGGCCUUGAGCAAAUCCGUGUUCAGGGAAUAAACUCAACCACUAUAUCUUUUUUUAAUUUCAAUUGAAAAUAAAUAGUGCAAAUAUAAAGAAGAUGUAAGCCAACGAUAUUGCAGCAGGUUAUCAGUUGAUCAGCAGACACUCUGCAUGUUUCUCCAAUCAGAAUUUAUGGAGCUCUGUGCAGCUUAGAUUUUUGUUAUGGCUUUUUUCUUCUUCUUCUUGUACUUUGAAGUUGUAAACUGUGGAGAACUGCAGGAAUGUAACUCCCUACCAUUUCAUAUCUAUUUUUCCUCCACAGCUGCUGCCAUUCAUAUGAGCCAUAUUGUGCAGCAGCAAUCCAAACAGUGGGGGGGGGGGGGGGGGGGGCAACUGAGACUGAAAUUUGACUUGACCUGUGUGCAGAUUAGCUCAAGUGAAUAUCUAAGUUUACUCCUUGCAGCGAAUGCAAGCAUAUUCUAAAGACUGACGUUCGUGCAAUGAGCCACAAAUUGACGUCUAAAUGCAAAAGUGGAAAAUUUGCUGCUGUCUUCUGUCUGAAGUCAGUGAAGCUGUUAUUAUGCAUGAAUUCAUUUGCCUUUUUUACAGUUACAGCUAGCACAGUUAGAACAGAGCAGCGUGUGGUCCCAAACAUACGAAGCACAGUGACAGAGACACUUUUAAAGAACAUGUUGACAUGGAAGUACGCUUACUAGCUUUAAGGUGAGUGCUUUUCUCAAAAUGUCACAAUUUUAAGAUAAAUGCCUGUGAGAAAACAAUAACUAUUCACGUAUUAUAAUCAUUUAUUCAGACAUAUUCCAGAUUGGUGUGAAUUAACUACUGAGUGAGGGAUCCAGCGUUGUAUUAUAGCACCCUUCACGCACUGAAGCCUGAAAGCCCUUUGACGUAUUUAAAAAUCUGUUUUUAUGGACACCGUCCAGUACAGAAUUAUUUGAUUUCCUGUUUAUUAUUUUUGUAAAUAGCAAAGGUUUCUUCUCCUGUGGUAUAUAUAUAGAAAAAAAGGCACAUGUUCAACUCUCACAAGCAUUUGAAUCACCCUGAAAAAUAGUGCUUUCUGUCAAAAACAAGAGACUCCUAGUUGUUGCAGAUUAUCAUCAUCAAUGCUGCACUUCAAAUCAUAAAAAAACAUACAGUUGGAAAACUAUCUAAAUAAUUGCAAUUAAAUCCUCAUUCAGAUGAUAAAAUGUUGCUUUAGGAAGUGAUCUUCUUUCAGCUUAUUUAUCCUGAUGAGCUGCAUUCCAAACAUUUUGACACAAGAUGGUUUUGCCACGUAAAAACUGGUCAAAACAUAUACAUAGAACAUUGCACACUAGGUGGAAACCAUAAUAACUAUGCAGAGACUCUGAACAUAAAUGCCUGCUCCCCACAACUUCUGUUUUUUUUUACUUUACACACUUCUUGACCCAAACAUAAUGAGUUUCUGUACUCUUGAAUGAAUUUGCAAUGGGCACAGCAGGAUUACCAAAUACACACAGAAUGCAUUUGUAUGUACUUUUACUUUGUACAAAACCCCAUACAUUUCUCAUGAUGCAGGAAAGCAAUCAAUAUGUAAACUUAAUGUCAUCAAUAGUCUCAAAAACACAACAUUGCAUCAUUAGCUGUCGGUGAAUUGUGUACAAAAUUCUAUUUUGUAGAAAAGGAUGAAAGAUAAAUUAUUUUAAAUGUACUUGGAGCUUAUAUUGAGUGUAAAUAAAGUAAAAUAUAUAUAUAUAUAUAUUUUUUUUUUCCCCAUCUGUAUUUUAUACUCUAUUUUUCUUUUUGGUGUUUGUUCCUAUUUGGGGUGGAGGCUUCAAAAAGCAAUGUAUAAUAUAAACUUGUAUCAUUUUAUGUAAACAAUUAUCCAAGCACUUUUAAAUCCUAACAAUUUUUCAACCAACUCACUUCAAGUUGUUUUUGUAAAUCACAAUCAUCCAAAUGUUUGAAAUGAUGUAAUCUGUAUUUAUAAGCAUUUUGUGAAGACUCAACUCUGUAAUUUGAGUUAUCCUGAUAUAAAGUUUAUCGCAACAUAAAACUGAUUUAUACUCACCUAUAAAUCGCGCACCAUGUACAUUUUGUUAGGAUUUAUUUUGUGCUUGUAAAAUGGAGAUAAAAACACACAAACUAUGUAUUUUGUUUUGUGAUAUUACACCAGCAGAGUUUUGUUCAUGUUCACCUAUUCAUGUCUUAUGGGAACUCUAAAUUAUUUUCCUCUACCUCAUGUGUAUAGCUUGUAGGUAUAAACAGAUUGCGGAUGACUGGUAAGAAUGUAUUUAAGUUAUUUAACAUCUUCGUAUAACAAAGGCGAAAAAMCCCCGAAAAUAAUAAAUGAAUUUUUAAAUUUUU